CACAGAAGCGCAAAGCGCCCUUCAAAUCACUUGUGCAAUACUUUCACGCGUUACAAAAUACUUAUUUUACUAUUACAGGCUGUCUGAUUCAUUAAUGGAGUGACGGUGUGUCACGGGAGAUUCUCUGGGGGAGAAGUAAGUGUGCUUAACCUUAGCCUUAGUACCUGAGUGGAAGGCCUGAAGUCGUACAGUGAUGGCAGCCCCAAACUCAUCUGAGAGAAGAGCCUGCUGGGAUGCAAGGGACCUGCUUUGGAAAUGCAUGGAUGAGCACAAUGACAAUGUUGCAUCGUGUCAACGUUUUCAGAUAGAAUUUGAAGACAAGUGUCCAGCUCAGUGGGUCAAGUAUUUCGCAAAAAGGAGGGACUUUCUAAAAUACAAAGAGAAGAUGCAGACUGAAGGAUUCACUCCUGCUGAAGGGCCAAAAUAGGCUUCAUAACUACUGGACCAGAAGGGGCUGCAGAACUAAUGUAACAACAUUUUGAGAAUGUAUAUUGGUGAUAUUUAUUUGUACAGAGGUGAAAGAAUUGUAUUGACAAACUGCACUUGAUAUUUUAUUACAGCCUUGAAAUAACUGUCACAAGCACCACUCCUCUGUGCUCACAAAGAACAA